GUCAAUGCCACAGUGCCCCUGCUGGGUCGCUCGGGGUUGCUCGGAGAGCUGAGGAACAACUUCUUUGCAGACGUGGCUUGUGGAAGAGGCAAAAAAGCUGACAGCACCUUCUGUAUCACAUCCUCGGGCCUGCUCUGUGAAUUCAAUGAAAAAAGGCUGCUAGACAAGUGGGUGGAGCUGAGGACCACCGUGGCAAACUGCAUCUCCGUGAACCACGACUACAUCUUCUGCGGCUGCGCCGACGGCACCGUGCGGCUCUUCAACCCCCUGAACCUCCACUUUGUCACCACGCUGCCCAAGCCCCACUUCCUGGGCACCGACAUCGCCAGUGUCACCGAGGCCAGUCGUCUGUUCUCUGGUAUGGCUGAUGCAAAGUAUCCAGACACCAUUGCCUUGACCUUCGACCCCACCAACCAGUGGCUCUCCUGUGUGUACAACGACCACAGCCUCUACGUGUGGGACGUCAAGGACCCAAAGAAAGUGGGCAAGGUGUACUCUGCUUUGUACCACUCCUCCUGCGUCUGGAACAUUGAGAUGUAUCCAGAGGUGAAGGACAACAAUCAGUCCUGCCUGCCCCCUGGCUCCUUCAUCACCUGCUCCUCUGACAACACCAUCCGUCUGUGGAACACGGAGAGCUCCAACAUCCACGGCACAGCCCUGCACCGCAACAUCCUCAGCAACGACUUGAUGAAAAUCAUCUAUGUGGAUGACAACACUCAGGUCCUGCUGGACACGGAUUACAACUCAGCAGGAGGCACAGACAAGGCUGAUGCCCAGGUGAUGGACACGAAGGUGGGGAUACGCACGGUCUGCGUGAGCCCUGGUGGGGAGCACCUGGCCUCGGGGGACAGGAUAGGCACCCUCAGGAUAUAUGAGUUGCAGUCUCUGAGGGAGAUGCUGAAGGUGGAAGCUCAUGACUCUGAGAUCCUAUGUCUGGAGUACUCCAAACCUGACACAGGCUUAAAGCUCUUAGCCUCAGCCAGUCGGGAUAGAUUGAUUCAUGUCUUGGAUGCUGGAAAGGACUACACCCUGCAGCAGACCUUGGAUGAACAUUCUUCUUCCAUCACUGCUGUGAAAUUUGCAGCCAACGAUGGGAAGGUGAGAAUGAUCAGCUGUGGGGCAGACAAGAGCAUCUACUUCCGCACGGCGCAGAAGACAGGAGAAGGGGUUCAGUUUACCCGAACUCAUCACAUUGUUAGGAAGACCACUCUGUAUGACAUGGAUGUGGACCCCAGCUGGAAAUAUGCAGCUAUCGGAUGCCAGGAUCGGAACAUCAGGGUUUUCAACAUAAGCAGUGGGAAGCAGAAGAAGCUUUAUAAGGGAUCCCAAGGUGAAGAUGGCACCCUCAUCAAAGUGCAAACAGAUCCCUCUGGUCUUUAUAUUGCAACCAGCUGUUCUGACAAGAACCUCUCCAUCUUUGAUUUUUACUCUGGCGAGUGUGUGGCCACUAUGUAUGGGCAUUCAGAGAUUGUAACUGGGAUGAAAUUCAGUAAUGACUGCAAACAUCUGAUCUCUGUUUCUGGUGACAGCUGCAUCUUCAUCUGGCGCCUGAGCUCCGAGAUGACCAUCAACAUGCGGCAGCGACUGGCUGACAUGAAGCAGAGGGGGAAGCAGGCAGAAAAGUCUCCUCCACACAAGACAGCUGGACUCAUGAGGCACGAGUCCAUCUCUGCCUUGUCCUCGGUGCCUGCACUCUCAUCAGACAGUGACAAGGAUGGUGAAGAUGAAGGGAAUGAUGAAGAUGAGUUACGUGGGCUGCAGUCUUUCCACAUCCAGUCCAGCUGCAACACUGAAGGAGACUCAGAUCCAGACCUUACCCUCUCAAGAAGCCUUUCCCAUUGGGAAAUGAGGAGGGCCAAGGAGCUGGCAGCAAUCCAGCGCUCAGAGGCGCCCCUGGGGAAGGUGCCCCGGCAGCGCGGGCGCUGGUCCCAGCCAGCCACCAACAUAGAGAUGACCGUGAAGUCCAUGCUCGACCUGCGCCAGCUGGAGUCCUUCUCUGCCUCCCGCUCCCCCAGCAGGGACUCCCUCUCACAGAACAGCAACGGGGAGGACAGAGAGGAGCAGGCAGAGCUUCCCCUGCACCUCGGCAAAGUUGGCAGCUCAACACCUCCCCAGGAUAACCGGUCUUGUGUGCGACCCCAAGUGAUCCAGCUUGUGCCUUGUGAAGAGGGGAUUUUCUCUCAGGAACUGGAACCUUCUGAGAGUGAGGAGUGUGUAAUCUACCCUGAGCAAAAUGAAACCCAACCCACAGACCCCAGCAGUGAGUUCCAGGUAAAAGCACUGCCCCACGGGAAGCUGAGCAGAGGUUAUCACAGUAAUGGGUGCCCAGACAAGCACAGCCCUGACAGUGCCUGCUCUGUGGAUUACAGCAGCAGUCGCCUGUCCAGCCCAGACCAUCCGAAUGAAGAUUCUGAAAGCACUGAGCCCCUCAGUGUGGACGGCAUCUCAGACCUGGAGGGAGAGGAAGGAGAGGAGGAUGUGGGUACUAGCGUGACGGAGGGUGAAAUCCCCCAGCCACCUGAUCAGGAAAAGUUCCUCAAGCAGCAUUUUGGGAGCCUGGGCAGCACUGAUGGAAAAGGUGGCUCGUGUAGGAAUCUGGAAAGAACUGAAAACCUCAGCAUUUCUUCUCGCUUUCUUUCCCAGUCCCCAGCUCUCAGACGACUGUCACUCUCUUCAUCAAACCUGAUCCUGGAUUCGAAGCCCGUGGAGCCGCCGGCCCAGCCCA